UAAUAAACAUGUUUCCUCUCGCCUGCUCUGAUUGGCUGUCGUGCAGGUGAUGGGUCUGCACCUCCCUGAAGCCCCGCCCACAAACAGCGAUGACGAGGAGGACCCUGAGGGGGCGGCGGCCGUGAGGAGCCGCUCCUCCAUCCCCAUGGACCCCGACCACGUGGACCUGGUGAAGAGGACCAUGGCGGCCGUGGCGUUGCCGUCCCUCGGCGUGCCGCCCUGGGCCUCCGAGAUCUCCGAGGACCAGUGGAAGGACCUGGUCCAGAACACCCUGGAGAGCUGGCAGAGCCCCCUGGGCCCUGAACGCACCGCGACCACUUCAACCACCUCUACUGACCCCCAACGCACCGCCACAGCUUAGACAACGUCAGAGGGCCCUGAACGCACCGCCACAGCUUCAACCACCUCUACUGACCCCCAACGCACCGCCACAGCUUAGACAACGUCAGAGGGCCCUGAACGCACCGCCACAGCUUAGACAACGUCAGAGGGCCCUGAACGCACC